AUGGCUCCUCAGGUCUUCAUUACUGGAACCACCGGCUACAUCGGUGGUGAUGGUCUUUACGCCAUCGCCAAUGCCCAUCCCGACUGGGAGCUUUCGGCCUUAGUCCGUAACAAGGAUAAGGCCGCUGUGCUGUCCAGCAAGUACCCCAAGAUUCGGGUUGUACACGGCGACUUGGACUCAACUGAUAUCAUUGAGGAGGAAGUCAAGAAGGCCGACAUCGUUUUCCACUUCGCUGACUGCGAUCACGUCGCUGCUGCUGAGGGCAUUGCCAAAGGCGCCAAGCACCACACCCCGGAGCGCCCACUCUGGCUGAUCCACACAUCAGGAACAGGUAUUCUGACCGUAGAGGACCAGCGCGCUGGAACAUAUGGUAUUGAGCGCCCUAAGGAAUACAACGACUGGGAAGGCGUUAGCGAACUUAUCAACCUCCCCGCUGAUGCUUUCCACCGCAAUGUGGACGAGAUCAUUAUCAAUGCCGGCAAGGAAAACCCCACUAGCGUCCACACGGCUAUCGUCUGCCCACCCACUAUCUACGGCCAAGGCCGUGGACCUGUCAACACCAAGAGUGUGCAGGCCUAUCUGCUAAGUGCGGCCGUAAUUAAGCGCGGCAAGGGAUUCCUCGUCGGCAAGGGCGAGAACGUCUGGCACCAGGUCCAUGUUCAGGAUUUGAGCAAUGUUUACCUCGCCCUGGGUGAUGCAGCUGCCGAGGGUGGUGGUAAGGCUACUUGGAAUGACGAGGGAUACUACCUGGCUGAAAAUGGUUCGUUUGUCUGGGGUGAUAUCCAGCGGGCGGUUGCUCAGUCUGCGUUUGAGCAGAAGUAUAUUCAGUCUCCUGAGGUCGAGGUCUUGGAUGGUAAGCAGACUACGGAGAUCUUGUCAGCUGGUAUCUAUGCUUGGGGCUCGAACUCUCGUGGUCACUCUCUGCGAGCACGAAAGCUGUUUGGCUGGGAGCCUAAGCAGCCGAAGUUGAUUGAGUUGAUUCCUGAGAUUGUUGCAAUUGAGGCUAAGGGACUUGGAUUGUGA